AUGUCUUCACAACAUAGAAUCACACUCGCAACCUUUCUAAUUUUAUGCUUGUUGUUGUCUGUUUGUUGCAUUUAUGUGAAUGCCACAGCUUCAUCAUGCAGAGCUCCAGAAACCUCGAAAUCUAGCUCAAAACGAAGAGCUGUAGUAUUGGAGAAUGAUAAUCCAUCUUCUGAACAGCAAUUAAUUAGCAGCACAACUACCAAUAAACCUGCCGAAAGCUCUUCCUCGCAACCAACAACCACAGCCACAACAUCAAACUAUCCAAUAUCACCAGAGGCAAAAUACUACAUUGACAAACAACCAACCACAUUCCACAUAACAGGUCCACUCGAUCUCAAACUCUCCAAACGUUCAGAAACAUUUCGUGGUUCUGACAAAAUCAAAUGUGUUGCCUGCAGAAUGGAUUGCAUGAAGAAGGUCCAUCCAGAAAUUGGCUCCUUCUUCGAGUCAUGCAGAGAUCAAUUCUACUAUUAUGGUUGUCAGAAGAAACAACCAUGUUACGAGGCAGUGGAUGGAGAUUUUGUAUUGGAGAUGGCUAUUGGAAUUUGUUUGGAAAAGAAUGGAUGUAUUAUGAAGAAGGCAUUCCUUUCUAAUGGAAAUGCUGAUAGUAGUUCACAAUCUGAUGGGCAAUAA